GGUUGAGCUUUGAAUGAGGGGCCAUCAUUCCGGUGGCUCGGCGAUUGUAUUUCCACUUUAAGGACUCGCUGGACCGAUUUAAAAUGAAAAAGCUGGAUAUAUUAACAGGUACCUAAGUGACCUCCGGACUAUCUUCCACUUACUUAGUCGGAUUAUUGGAGACUCCGCUUUCUGCUCCCACCAGCAUUUGCACAUUCCAUCUCAAAUUUUCCAAUUGAAAUAUUGUCCAGGUUUUUUUUCCCCCCCUCAAAACGAAAGACUUAAAAUUGGACGAGACAAAAUCCACAUGCGUUUUUGUCCUUUUUAUUUCCUGAAGGAUUUUAGCAAUACAGCCUAACAGCUUUACAUCCCUCCCCCGCCUCCCUGGAUCCCUUGACAUCAGAUUAAGAGGCUAACUCAAAACAUUGACGUACACAACGUACACACAACAUGUCCUCCAUACUACCCUUCACUCCCCCGGUGGUGAAGCGGCUUCUGGGUUGGAAGAAGACUCCGGCGGGAGGCGGAGGAGCGGGAGGCGGCAUCGGGGGAGUUGGGGAGCAGAACGGAGGCGGGCAGGAGGAGAAAUGGUGCGAAAAAGCCGUCAAGAGCCUGGUGAAGAAGCUGAAGAAGACGGGGCAGCUAGAUGAGCUGGAAAAAGCCAUCAGCACGCAGAACAUCAACACAAAGUGUGUCACCAUACCCAGCAAUUGCUCAGAUCUAUGGGGUCUAGGGUCAGGCCACAUGAUAGAGCAGUGGGACUCUUCAGGCAUGUACGGAUACCCUGACCACAACAGGUCGCUGGAUGGCCGUCUUCAAGUGUCUCAUCGCAAGGGCCUGCCGCACGUCAUCUAUUGUCGCCUGUGGAGGUGGCCCGACCUUCACAGCCACCAUGAGCUGCGGGCCGUCGACAACUGCCAGUACGCUUUCAACCUCAAGAAGGACGAAGUGUGCGUCAACCCUUAUCAUUACCAGAGGGUGGAGACGCCGGUGCUACCCCCAGUUUUGGUACCCCGCCAUACAGAGAUCCUGACGGAGCUUCCGCCUCUUGAUGACUUUACAAACUCCAUCCCUGAAAACACCAAUUUCCCAGCCGGCAUCGAUCCACCUAAUAAUUACAUACCAGAGACUCCCCCGCCCGGCUACAUUAGUGAAGAUGGCGAGGCGAGUGACCAGCAGAUGAAUCAAAGUAUGGAAUCGGGCUCACCAGCAGAACUUUCACCCAACACUUUGUCACCUGUCAGCCACAGCCUGGACCUUCAGCCGGUCACCUACAGCGAACCGGCUUUCUGGUGCUCCAUCGCUUACUAUGAGCUCAACCAGCGCGUCGGAGAAACAUUCCACGCUUCGCAGCCUUCCCUCACCGUGGACGGCUUCACCGACCCGUCCAACUCGGAACGCUUUUGCCUUGGACUGCUCAGCAACGUCAACAGGAAUGCAACUGUUGAAAUGACAAGGAGGCAUAUAGGUCGCGGCGUGAGGUUGUAUUAUAUCGGAGGAGAGGUGUUUGCUGAGUGCCUCAGCGACAGUGCCAUUUUUGUCCAGAGUCCCAACUGCAACCAGCGAUACGGGUGGCACCCCGCCACAGUCUGCAAGAUACCGCCAGGCUGUAAUCUGAAGAUUUUUAACAACCAGGAGUUUGCCGCUCUGCUGGCGCAGUCCGUCAAUCAGGGCUUUGAGGCCGUCUACCAGCUGACCAGGAUGUGCACCAUCAGGAUGAGCUUCGUCAAAGGAUGGGGCGCCGAGUACAGACGUCAGACAGUCACCAGCACUCCCUGUUGGAUUGAAUUGCAUCUCAAUGGCCCCCUCCAGUGGUUGGACAAGGUGCUGACCCAGAUGGGUUCCCCCUCCGUGCGAUGCUCCAGUAUGUCCUAAACGACGUCUUGACCGCUGCUGAAGAAACUUGACAUUACACAACAGUCGACCAGCAUCUUAGAGACGGAAAUGCAUUGAAAAGGACCUCGAGAACCGGAGCGGAAUGUAAACGUCACAUCAAGCCUGACAAUGACCUUUGACCGAUCAACCUCAGGCUGACAUUCCUACGACCAUGGACCUAAAAACUCAAGUCACUCUGCAUAUCCCAAACGACAAGAGUGGCAUCCAUCCACCUUUCAGGUAUUUGACUGAGGUGCUGAACUGAACCGGACUCCCAACUCAAGACAACAAACGGGCCGGGCGGCGGGGAAUUGGAGUCUGCGGCGCUCGCGCCUUUCGUCAGGUCACCUUUGCCUCUUCACUGCCUCGCUUCCACGCCACGAGCUGGAUUCGGUGUCAAGAGUUUUCGUUUACACACAGUUGACUCGCAGUCCUACUGCCACUCUCUGGAAUUCAUGUUCAAAUAUCUUGGUUUGAGUGACCAAAGUCGGGUUCUGUUUCUUGGUCAGGACCACCCCAACACACAGAUUGCAAAGGUUAACCUUCUCAUUAAUAACGCUUGCCGUGUACUACCCUGACGCACACUCUAGCUGUCACUCAACUACACACGAGUGCUCAAUCUCAGUGGGGUUUCUCGAAUAAUCGAAAUUGAAAAGCGGGUGUUCCCUCCAGCGUGGAUAACGGCACGCACGAGCACAAGUCGACACGCGCUUCCCCUAGCUACCUUUCUCUGUUCUAUGCCAUUCCAUUAUCUUCUUUUAUAUAUUCCAAAAGGAGUUGUGCUGGAAUGUAGCGUAAAUUCGUGUGCAGGAAGAGAGUCUGGCGCCCCCUUGUGUUAAACAGUCACAAAUACUUGUAUGCGUUAUGCUAAUCUCUCGAUUGUUGUGCUUGAAUUGAUGCAUGGUUGCCCCCCCCCCCCCUCCAUUUAUCAACAAUGCUUUGAUAAGAAGAAUCCUCCAAUGUGGGAUUUUUGGAAAAAUGGCCUCGACAUCAAAAAAAUUGCACUGCCCCAAAUUAUGCACCCCCUUAUUCUUACUCCAAAAAAAAAGUUGCCUUUCAUGUAAAAUAGAACGAGAAAUGCUUUUAAAUUGUACAGAUAGGAAUGUUGAAAAAAAACCAAUUGAAUAUUUUUGGAAUGGUCACUAUAAAAAAAAAAAAAGUCAUUUAUUAUGUCCGAAUUGGCUUAUUAUGGAGUAAGCGCUCAUUCUCGUCCUCACCUACAAGCUAGGAGAACAAUUUAGAAUCAAUCGUUUUCCAACUAAACUUUAUUUAAGCUUUAAGUAUUAAACCAAGCAAUUAUGCUGCACAGUUAUUUGUGGUUUAUUUCUUUAUUUUUUGUAUUGGUGAUUCAAAAAAAAAUAUAUAAAUUUAUAUCUAUACAAAUGAAUAUGUUGACAUUUUUUGCCCUAAACUAGCUAACAUGAUCAUUGUCCCGAAUGUCAACUUUGUAUUUUUCUCUACUUUUCAUGAAAAUGCGAUUAAAUUGAAAUUACUUUUCUACAUACAUUUACAAUCUAUAAAUUAUAACCAAAUUAUUACCACUCGGACCAUUACGGCGAAUUCCCUAUGCUGUCCCAAAGACUAAAUGCAAGUUUGUACAAGUUGCUUGAUUCUGAAAUCCUAAAAAUCAAUCAUUCCCAAAAAUUGAAACCCCUUUAAAAAUAAGAUAUUACUUUUUUUUUUUAAUUUGUUGUUUUUAUCCUGAGUUUCCAUGGGUGUGAACCAGCAGUUGCGCAAUACAGAAUUCCAGUUGUGUCUUUUCCACACAUUCCGGUUUUUCUUUUUUUUUUUUUUCUUGAUGUGUUGCUCGCGUGUGGCCCAACAUAGAGCACAAAAGCACAACAUGACCGGCGGGACAUGUAAAUAUUUGUUUUUGUCUCGCUCCAUCCCGGGGUCACAUUCAUCGUUUACUUCCGACGACGGACCUACACGUUUCCUAAAUUAUGCGUGUGAACGCAAACGGCGAUAUACACGCGGUCCGAGUUGAGUGAAUGAAUUUCACUUAGGGCGGCCUUUUUUUUUUUUUUUUUUUUUUUUUUUUUUUUUCCUUGAUUAAUUUCCCCUUUGUAUGGAUCCAUUGAAAUCACUUGUACAUAAACCAGCCCGCGGCAUUUAUGUUUAUCGCUCUAUAUCUAUGUUCCAUGUCGUUUUAUUUUUUUAGAGAAUACUUUACUGGACUUCUCAAUGCCAAGGUCAGUAGAUGAUAGAAAGAUUUUUUAUUUUUUUUUCUUCCCUUAAGGUUGUUGUAUCGGUGACACAUGCAGUGUUUUUGUUUUUGUUUCCAUGCAUUGACAUCAGAUUGUUCAGAUGGUAUUCUCCGAAGUAUUUUCCCCCUUCGAUUCUUACCAUUGUGUGCAUACUGCCAGGUUCCAGCAAGCCUUUGUGUUGUUGUUUUUUUUUCUUCUUUAAAAUGAGUGCCACCUUAUUCUGCAGUUGACUUUCGCUUCCCGAAAAGAAAAAAAAAGAAUGUUUUGCAAAUGGAGCAUGAGCUGAGCAAUCACAAUGUUUUCUUUCUUCUGUGAAGGACAAAUGUGGAUUUCCAAACGAGCCUCUCUUUUUCUUGACAAAACUACUCUGCAGGGGAAAGUUGCUUCAUGGCACUAGUGGUGUUAUUGUGUAGUCACUUUGUUUUUCUUUAUAUGCUAUUUCUUUUAUUCAAGACCCCCCCCCCUCCUCCUCCUCCUCCACCCUUCUCUGCUUUCCAAACAGUAUUUCCUGUUCAGCAAAUAAGCUGCAAGGAUGUCUGUUCUUCUUCAAACACUGAACUUCAUAAACGUUCCAAUUAUGAACGAGCAACUUCUGUGUACACUAAUAAAACUGUAACAAAUCAAA